AUGGUUCACCUUUCCUACAAACUACUCGCCUGCUUGGCAGCGGCCAAGGCCUUGGCAGUCCCCGUUGACUCCAUCGACGAACGUUCAGCUGAGCUUUCCCACAAGCGAUCCACUACCAGCUCCACUGGCUACAGUAACGGCUACUACUAUUCCUUCUGGACCGACGGAGGUGGUGACGUGACCUACACCAACGGCGAUGCUGGAUCAUAUACCGUCGAGUGGUCCGACGUGAGCAAUUUCGUGGGUGGAAAAGGAUGGAAUCCCGGAAAUGCCCAAAACAUCACAUACAGUGGCACCUUCACGCCUGACGGCAACGGCUACCUCUCCGUCUACGGCUGGACCACCGAUCCUCUGAUCGAAUAUUACAUCGUGGAGUCUUACGGCGACUAUAACCCUGGAAGUGGAGGUACAUACAAGGGCACCGUCACUUCCGACGGGGCCACGUACGAUAUUUACACGGCUACCCGGACCAAUGCAGCUUCGAUCGAAGGAACUGCCACCUUCACACAGUACUGGUCCGUUCGUCAGUCGAAGCGGGUUGGGGGAACAGUUACGACCGAGAACCACUUCAAUGCUUGGGCUGAAUUGGGAAUGGACUUGGGAACUCAUAACUACCAGAUCGUGGCUACGGAAGGUUAUGAGAGUAGUGGAUCGUCGGAUAUCACUGUUGAGUAA